GAAUUGUAAAAUUAGAUUCACCUAGCUUAGAAUAAUUCAGUUAUAUUAUGAACAUCUGUUCUUGUGUGUAUUACUCCUAAAUUUACUGAUUGUGGACCAGUUGUUUGUGAAACGCAAUAAAAGUUAAUGGAAUUUAUCCUUUGUGUAAUUUACUCAUUGAGUGUUAUUCUACUCAUUGUUGUGGAACAGACUGUAAAUUAAAAUGAAACGAGGUGCAUUGAUAGUGAUUGAAGGUGUGGAUAGAACUGGCAAGUCGACUCAGUGUAAAGAAUUGGUGAAGAAUCUUCUUAAUAAGGGAGUGCAAGCAGAGUAUACUAACUUCCCAGCAAGACAUACAGAAAUUGGCAAAAGUAUCAACAGUUAUUUAACAUUUAAGAACAAUCUGUCUGAUGAAGCUAUCCACCUCCUAUUCUCUGCAAACCGCUGGGAGAGAGCCCAUGAGAUUGUGAAGACUUUGGAACAAGGAAUCAACAUUAUUGUGGACAGAUACUGCUACUCUGGAGUUGCAUAUUCUGCUGCUAAGGGUCUGGAUCUCAAGUGGUGUAAAUCCCCAGAUAUAGGGCUGCCUAAACCAGACAAAGUAUUCUUCUUAACAAUGCCCCUUGAGGUUGUCAGGCAGAGAAAAGAAUAUGGGAACGAACGUUAUGAAGAACUAGAGUUCCAUAAGAAAGUUGCUAAUAUGUAUUUGAAAUUAAAAGAUGAGUCGUGGGAAGUCUUAGAUGCAUCCAGACCAAUCAAAGCUAUUCAAGAUGAUCUACUCAAAAGGACUCUGGACACCAUCAAUGGUCUUGAAGACAGGCCCAUCGGUAAGGUGUGGAUAGACUCUCUUUGAGAAUUACUGUCAUUCUCCUCUUGAUGAGCAGAAUGUAAAUAUUUAAAUGUCAACCAGGAGUGCUAGGAGUGCCAAUUCAUUUAUUUACAAAAAUAUGUGUUGUAUUACUAAAAUGUUCAGUAGAUGCAGAAAAAAAUAGUUAAGUUUUCAAUGUAAACCUUUUUGAGGUUUAUACAGUGCUUGUAGAUAGACGGGCAUAUCUAAUGUUAAGGGAAAUAGCAUUUUUGUAUGGUAAGAAAUAAUUUAAUAUUAGUGCAACAAUUUUUAACUGUAUUUAUGAAUAAACAUUGUAAUAAUAGAAAAAAAUACAUAAACUCUCUGAUAUAGAUUAUUGCUGACUAAUGCUGAAAUAAGUUAUGUGAAGACUUGCUUUAUUUUUUAAGAAAUGCAAAACUUAGCCAAUAAACAAGGUCAUGUAAAGGACAAUAUUAGAAAAUUGUGUAAUUUUAUAAGAUAAUUUAAAAUAAAACAUAUUUUCAACAA